GGCUCAAUGGCCGAGCGGGCCGCUGCACAGGCAUCAGAAUGGGAUACAGAGGUACAAGCUCCCCUCAUCCCAGAUGUAAGUUUUAUGAAAGAAACCCAGCUGCAGACUGCAGCUAUUUCCUUGUGGACUGUGGUAGCUGCUGUUCAAGCUGUGGAGAGGAAAGUGGAGGCUCAUGCUAUGCGAUUGCUGAAUUUGGAGCGGAGAUCAGGGGCAGCUGAGAAGAAAUUUGUGGACUGCGAGAAAACAGUGGUAGAGUUUGGUAACCAAUUGGAAAGUAAGUGGGCUGUGCUGGGAACUCUGAUCCAGGAGUACGGGCUGCUGCAGAGAAAACUGGAGAACAUGGAGAACCUGCUGAAGAACAGGAACUUCUGGAUCCUAAGAAUUCCCCCCGCUAGUAAAGGAGAGGACCCAAAGGUCCCAAUGGCGUUUGAUGAUGUCUCAAUCCAAAUUCCCCGGGAGAAGUGGGAGAAUUUGGAAGAGUGGCAGAAAGAGCUUUACAAGAAUGUGAUGAAGGGCAACUAUGAGUCUUUGAUCUCACUAGAUCAUGCCAUUUCCAAGCCUGAUAUUUUAUCACGGAUUGAACAAGGGGAGGAGCUCUGUGUUGGGGAGACGCAGAACUUGGAAGUGCAAGAGAUCCCUACAGAGUCUACCACAGAUGUCAUUCAUGACUUUCCACCUGCCCCAGGAACUUCUAUCUCUACCGGUCCCAGCACAGAAUCUCCAAUUUCUACCACGGACAUUAUGUCAUGGAUUAAACAAGAAGAGGAGCAGAGCAUACGGGCUCAAGAGAAUGCUAAGGAACGAGAAACGCAUAGAAGUACCUGCACCAGUGAGUACAAGAGUGAAAUAACUGAGGAACACAGAUGAUAGGAUCUUGGUCAAACAUGAAGAGCGUCCUGAGGAGAGAGGUCCUGUGACCCAGGAACUG